UGGCGACAGGUUUGUCAGGUCAGCUGGCGUGGCAUAAAGUGAUGUAGAAGUAUAUGAAAAAAAGAAAACGAACUGAUCUGGAGCCUGUGAAGAAAGUCAAGAAGCAACAGAGCACUACAGGGAUGGACAGCACCUUUGAUCUGCUCAAGUGUAAUGAAGACCUCCCUGCUUCACCUGGCUGCAACAUGGACUAUGAUGACAUGCCAGAGCUGCAGGAGGUGGAGGAGGACCAGAGGUCUCCUGAGUUGUUCCCAGUAGGUGCUGGCGUGUCCCACCAGGAGCUCAGCUCUUCCCCCAACACCAAUUGGCUUACUGAGCUGGCCAACAUUGCCACCAGCCCUCAGAGCCCGCUCCUCAUGGAUGCCCCUCAUCAGAGAUCAUCUCCUGUCCACAUCUUUGGCACCAGUAAUAGUUUACAUUCCUAUGCCCGGCCUCCUUUAGCCAGCAGUGCGCCCAAUCCAUCAAGAGGUCACCUCAGGGAGCGCAGACGUGUCAGGGCCAGCAGUGAAUCUGAGUCCGGAGUUUUUUCUAUCUCCUCGUCAUUCUCAGAUGAUGAAGAUAUGGCCUGGUCUCAUUCUUGGCCCUCAACGGCAUGGCAUUGCUUCCUUAAAGGCACACGACUGCGCUUCCAUCGUGGUCCUAAUGUGGAGUGGCAGGAUGCCGAUGAUCUUGGAGACUCUGAGGAUGACUCGGAUGAUGAAACCAUGAUGCUGGCCUCCUCUCUGAAGAGCUAUGGUUCAGAGGGGUUGAAGUUGGUGGCCCAUGAGGAGGCCGUGUCUUUCAGCCAGGCAGUUCUCAAACUCACCUUUGACCCUGGCUCAAUCGAUGAUGGCCCUCUGACAGCUGAAUGCCGAUUGGAUCAUCCAUUCUUUGUAAAAAACAAGGGAUGGGCCUCCUUUUACCCGAGCCUUACCGUGGUACACCAUGGGAUACCUUGCUAUGAAAUGCAGGUGGGCGACCUGUGUCUUCCACCGAAUCACCCAGAUGCCAUUAACUGUGAUGACUCUGUCGUUUUUGACACUUUCAGGAGUUAUGACUUCACCCCAUUGGACUCCUCUGCAGUGUAUGUUCUUAGCAGCAUGGCUCGUCAGCGCAGGACCUCCCAGUCCAGUGGGGGCGCUGUUAGCCCGGACUGUGAUAAACUGGAGCGCUCCAGCUCUCCCCAAUCCUCUAGCAGCAAAUCAAACAGGAGCCACACCUCAGGGACAGUCAGCGGUGCCACGCAAACGAAAUGCAAGCGGCCAAUGAACGCCUUCAUGCUCUUUGCUAAGAAAUACAGAGUGGAGUACACCCAGAUGUAUCCUGGGAAGGAUAAUAGAGCCAUUAGCGUGAUCCUGGGUGACAGGUGGAAGAAGAUGAAAAGCGAGGAGAGGAGGAUGUACACCAUGGAGGCCAAAGCACUGGCUGAGGAACAGAAGAGGUUGAAUCCAGACUGCUGGAAACGCAAAAGAACCAACUCAGGUUCCCAGCAGACCUAGAUAAUCCCCCACAAUCCCCAAGUGCUGGUGGUUGAUGUGGAGAGGUGCCGGACAGAGUCUGAACGACCGCUUGAUGCCUCCUUGCUCUCCUUGUAUUCACAAGACUUUAACUGUGACGCUGAAUUCAUUUGCUUUUUUUAUAACCUUGAAACAUUAUAGAGUCAAAACCAUUAAGAAGAAAACAAUAAUUAUGAGCUACAUACAAAACAUGUAAUCUAGUAAACAGUGCUUAUAUUUUUCAUAUAUCUUUUUUAUGUCAGAAAUGCCUUAUUCCUCUGAAAAAAAAAAUCGAAUCUGCUCAUUUAUUUCAGGUUUAUUUCAUAUGACUAAGGAUUGAAACGUGACCCUGUGGUGCUAUGCUCAGACUAGUGUGAGCAGUAAACGACAAGUGUCUAUUUAUAAUUGUAAAAAUGGGGAAUUUUAGAUAAACUUUUUUUCUCAACUGCUCAUAUUGAUUAUAUUUGUACAAGUCAAUAUAUUGUACAGAUCGGUAACCCUUUCAUACGUUUUUUAAUACAGAAUAAAUAAUCAGCUGAAGAACUAGGGCCAAUAGUUUUCGACAUCGCCCUCCUUGAGGCCAUUGUGCAUGCUAGCCCAACCACCUGGCCAUAUAAUGAGGUGGAUGCUGUCACAUAGUCGUGGUUUAUACUCAGUCUCAAAGCAAUUCAGGGUCAGGCCUUCACUGUAAGUGUUUCAUUUCUCUUGCACUUUAUAUAAAUAUGUAAUCUAAUCUUAUACAGCCAUUGUAUACUAGUAGAAACCAUUUGUAUAAUACGACAUCUAUCUGAUCAGAUCGUCGACAGACACGAUCGUGGCCAAAUGGCCAUGUUCCGCUUUGCAGGUUGUUAUUGCAUUGAUAAUGCUUUGUUGAUAAUGUACAGGUUCACACAGCCCCACCAACCUCUUGCACAAAAUAUCCUUGUAUUAUAUUAUAAAUAAAUUUCUAAACUUGC